UUGAUCUCGCGAUGAACCCGACGGGAUCCUCAAUGUCCACAACUCCAACAACACCUGCGGCAUCCGCCAUGCCAUCCACCACAGCCGCUGCAACGCUAGACACCACUGGGUGCGCCGCAGACGCUCUUGGUCGCUCCAACACAUUGCAGCAGCAGUACUACACCACGCGUUACGAGUCUUCAAAUAUUCCGUUCUUCUCAUUGUUGUCACGACUCUCGUCAUUGGUGAUGAAUCGCAUGAAUCACGGCAGUUCAGGCGGGUUGUCUGGAACAGGAACCCCGUACAGUGAGGCGUACCUCCCCGCUCCACUUCGUCAACGCGUGGACCGCGCAGAAGGUCGAUACCACGAUACGACCUCUGCUUCUGGAGCAUCCACCGGCAAAAGGACAGCUGCACCAGGCGGGGUGGGCGAAACGGGUGAUACGUUCGGUUCUGGCGAGCAUGCCGCAGGGGUGACGUACAUUCCACGUAUGAGAUCCAUCGGCGACUAUUUCAUCGCCACCCUGCCGUUUGCCGCCCCAUUACUCACGCCGCUUUUCCGUGCCAGUGCCGAUGACAGGCACCUGACCGCGGGCGGUGUGAAUGAUGGUGUCGGUAUUGGUGGGGCUUAUGGUGGCGACGGUAACGAUAACAUCGACACCGUGGGGGAGCUGCUGAGUGGCGGGGGCACUGGACGUUACGAGGGACACUCGCUCCACACCACAGGGUUUGCGUCGCUACGACAGAAGCGCCCUCGUUACAUGGAUGAUGGUGAGGUUGAUGGGAGGAGUUUACGUGGCAUGGGUGGUGGGUUCACAUCGCUUCAGCCGGAAAUGUUGACAGCCUCGUUCCCGUCCACCGCAGCCGCCUCCGCUGCCACGAGUAGGCGGCUCAUUUCGUUUGUGCCCGCAGCGGCAAGGCAAAACACCCCGCACGGCCUCGGUGGGGAGGCGGGUGUGGGCGCCCCGUCAACAUCUUCUGCCAGCACCACCUCCUCGAUGUUGCCAUUUGCCAACAUCCACUCGGCGGCUAGCAAUGACGCCGUGCGGGCGUAUGUGACAGAACGCGUUCGCCUUCGAUCUCUUCCACCUCGAGGCGUUGAUGGCGUCCCACCACCACCACCACCAGCACCAUUCUCGUCGUCGUCGCUGUCGGCAACAAUAACGAAAAGAGCGCAGGGAGCAUCACACGAGGCACGACCAGCGCCCAGUUCUGCCUUGCAGGAGCCGGCAUCCUCCUUUGAAUUGAGCCGUUUGUUCCGCCAUGCCCGUUCAUUCUACGAGCGUUUCCGGUGA